AGCAAAUUUAACAAAAGAACAAACUUAUUGGGCAGGUGUUUCCUAUCAGCGAUACUCGGGUACCAUUUUAUCCUUGUCUAACAUUCAGUAAACAAGGAUAAAAUAACACCGCGGGAUACUUGGCAGCAAUGCAUCGAAACCUAGAGAUUGUCAUCAAUUGUCAUCUGAACGCUACUGGAGUUUGAAUUGGUUAUGUUGUGAAAAAAUAUGUGAUUAUACAAUGAACUUGUUUCCAGAAAAAAAUGUAUAAAAGAAUAGAAAAUUGAUCUACAAUUGAUCCUUUGUAAACGAUGCGAUAAGAUCAUGUAUCAAUUAAAAAAUUCGAUGAUCGAGGAUAUUAUAUAGUUGCGAAGAUGAGCAGCGAGAGUCAGAUCACGAGUAUCGUAAACGAUAUUUUGAAGGUAGAGGCGAUAGAGGAAGCGUUCAGCUGUGUUCUCGUCCAUCAUCCUAAGAAGGAGACCGAGAAAGUAGCGGCAUGGCAUCACGAGCUGAAGACAGCCGUGACUGGCUUGACGAAAGAGCAGCAAGAAGCGGCGGUUCGUCAGUUCUUGUCGAUGGCGGCGGCUAUGACAAACCAUAGACGAUUACAAUUACUGCUGUCGCUACUAGAGAACUUAGUACAUUCAAAUUAUUUACCUGCUAGGCUGGUAUGUGAAUGCAUUCUCAGUUGUGAUAAAUUGCAGUACCAGUUGGAAGAUUUUUGGGUCGAGUGUUUUGUUCUGAUUAGACAUAUCAUUGGUGGUGUUGACUACAAGGGAGUCAGAGAGAUCAUGAAAGGAUGCAAAGAAAAGGUCCAAACUAUACCAGCUCGAUUAGAUGCAUCAGUACAACCGCAGCUGAAGGCUUUGGAGAAUGUUAUUGAAUAUAUUUUCGAUAGAAAUGCGUGCUUACUACCAGGUUAUUUUAUUGUCAACGAAAUACAGAAAGCUUAUCCCGACAGUAAGAAUUGGCCUCACUGGAAACUGGCGAAGUUGCUUUCCAAUUUUGUCGAAAGUUUUCGAAAUACCGCGCAAAUGGUGUCUAUAGUAGGACACUCGAAGAUGUUACCAGUGGUUGAACAUACAGGAUAUGCAGACUAUUUGAUUAAUCCUUGGUUAUUGGAUCCUACGACACUAAAGUUUUCUUUGAAAGGAAAUCUACCUUAUGAUCCAGAUUUGCUUAAACCUCAGACAGAAUUGCUCAGAUAUGUUCUGGAGCAGCCAUAUAGCAGAGACAUGGUCUGUUCAAUGCUUGGUUUGCAGAAACAGCACAAGCAACGAUGCAUUGUUUUGGAAGAACAACUUGUGGAACUCGUCAUAACCGCAAUGGAACGAGCGGAAAAUGAAACGCUACCAGCGGAAGGUAUAGACGGAACGGUAGCUAAUCAUUGGGUGUGGCUGCACCUAUCUUCGCAACUUAUCUAUUUUAUUCUCUUUCAAUUUGCCUGUUUCCCGAGUAUUGUUAUGGCGAUACACGAUAAAUUAGCGGGUAGAGAAUUGAGAAAGGGUAGGGAUCAUUUGAUGUGGGUCCUUCUACAGUUUAUCUCUGGUAGCAUUCAACGGAAUCCCUUGUCAAAUUUUUUACCAGUGCUUAAACUGUAUGAUCUUCUCUAUCCGGAAAAAGAACCUCUACCCGUCCCGGAUUACACCCAGGCUCUGUGUACUCAUCAAAUGGCGAUAACGUGUAUAUGGAUUCAUUUACUGAAGAAAGCUCAGACCGAGCCCUGCACCAACAUUCACAGACCGAUUCCGCACACACUGAAGGUUCACCACGAGUUUCUGCAGCAUCUGGUCAUGCCGAAUGCUUCACUUUGCAUGGGUUCCGAUUAUCGAAUUGCACUCUUGUGCAAUGCGUACUCGACGAACCAGGAGUAUUUCAGUAGACCGAUGGCAGCGCUGGUGGAUACCAUUCUGGGUACUCAGAAAAAUCAGCAACAGCAACCCCUGCAGACUCUGCAGAACAACGCGGCGCUGGCGAAUGGUCCGACCACCCCGCUUUCAAUGUCUAUUUUGGAUUCUUUAACUGUGCACUCGAAGAUGAGCCUAAUCCACAGCAUCGUUACGCAUGUGAUCAAAUUGGCACAAUCCAAGAGCAAUAUGGCGUUAGCACCAGCACUGGUCGAAACUUACAGUAGACUGUUGGUGUACACAGAGAUCGAGAGCCUUGGUAUCAAAGGGUUCAUCAGCCAAUUGUUGCCGACGGUAUUCAAAUCACAUGCCUGGGGCACACUGUACACGUUGUUGGAAAUGUUCAGCUAUAGGAUGCAUCAUAUUCAGCCGCAUUACAGGGUACAGCUGCUAUCGCAUUUGCAUAGCCUCGCAGCGGUCCCGCAGACCAACCAGACACAGCUUCAUUUGUGCGUUGAAAGUACAGCCUUGCGACUUAUUACCGGACUGGGUUCCGCGGAAGUACAACCACAACUGUCUAGAUUCCUGUCGGAGCCAAAGACCCUCGUAUCUGCAGAAUCGGAGGAACUUAACCGAGCAUUGGUAUUGACACUGGCACGAUCCAUGCAUGUAACCGGCACCGGUGCCGACAGUCUCAGCGGCACCUGGUGCAAGGAACUGCUGAACACCAUCAUGCAAAAUACACCACAUUCUUGGGCUAAUCACACCCUUCAGUGCUUUCCGCCGGUAUUGAGUGAGUUUUUUCAACAGAAUAGCGUGGCAAAGGAGAACAAGCAGCAAAUAAAGAAAGCGGUUGAGGAGGAAUAUAGAAAUUGGGCAUCCAUGAAUAACGAGAAUGAUAUCAUUGCGCAUUUCUCUGUUCCUGGUACGCCACCGUUAUUUUUAUGCCUUCUCUGGAAAAUGAUACUCGAGACCGACCGUAUUAGUCCUAUCGCGUACAAAAUUCUCGAGAGAAUUGGUGCGAGAGCGCUGUCGGCUCAUCUCAGAAAGUUUUGCGAUUAUCUGGUGUUCGAGUUUGCCAACAGUGUCGGCGGUCAGCAUGUCAAUAAAUGUGUGGACACUAUCAAUGACAUGAUCUGGAAAUACAACAUAGUGACCAUCGACAGACUUGUGCUUUGUCUAGCCCUUAGAACCCAGGAAGGCAACGAGGCUCAAGUGUGCUUUUUUAUCAUACAAUUGUUGCUUCUAAAAGCGGCAGAAUUUAGGAACCGUGUACAAGAAUUUGUCAAAGAGAACUCGCCGGAGCAUUGGAAACAAUCAAACUGGCAUGAAAAGCAUUUGGCCUUCCAUAGGAAGUUUCCAGAAAAGUUUGCGCCAGAGGGUAUUAUGGAGCAGACUAGCGGCGGACCUAGUCAAUAUCAAAAUCUGCCGGUGUAUUUUGGAAAUGUAUGUCUCCGAUUUUUACCAGUUUUCGACAUAGUGGUGCACCGGUAUCUGGAAAUACCACCUGUUAUCAAAAGCUUGGAAAUACUGCUGGAACAUUUGGGCUGUUUAUACAAAUUUCAUGAUCGACCUGUCACGUAUCUUUACAAUACGUUGCAUUAUUACGAGAAAAAGUUGCGAGAUCGACCGUUGUUAAAGCGUCGAUUGGUGUCCGCCGUUUUGGGAUCGUUACGAGAAAUCAGAGCGUCAGGGUGGGCGCUUUCUGAGGCUUAUCAAGGAUAUAUGACACGCUAUACUGACGACGCCGUCUCGUGGGUACCAGAUUUGGAUUAUUACAUUCGACUUGUACAGAGAAUCGUAGAAACAAUGUCUGGUACGGCUCACUUUCCUGCUACUGAUUGGAGAUUCAACGAAUUCCCAAAUCCUGCGGCACAUGCAUUGUACGUGACCUGCGUCGAACUUAUGGCUCUUCCGGUUGCUCCAGAUGUGGUGGCUAACUUUUUACUGGAUGUCGUUGCUAAAGGGUACACUGCAGUGCCAUCAGACGAGAUACAUUUAUGGAUAAAUUGCGUUGGCUUAUUAUUGGCGGCGUUACCUGAAUGUUAUUGGUCGGCGUUGCACAAACGUUUACUCGAGACUAUCAGCAGUCCCGGCCUGGUUACUUGGCAAUACAAUAACUUGACACCAUUUCAAAUGUUUAACUUCAACAUUACACAUAACAGUCUGUUAGAAAACAAGUACAGCUAUAUGCUUGCACUGGCGCAUUCCGUGUGGCAUCACGCGGGUGUAGGACAGAUCACAACGAUGCCUCAGUUUAUCAAGGAGAAACUUCAGCCAGUUGUAAGCAGCGAAGAACAAUUAAUAUAUGCUUGUCAUCUAAUUGGCCCGACUCUAGCGAGAUUUAACGCGGAGCGACCGCACUGUGUGGUUGAACUUGCUGUCUGUCUGUACGAGAUGCUGGAAUGCGUUGACCACACUCAAACCACCUUGAAUUACAUGGAUCCAAUUUGCGAUCUAUUGUAUCACAUCAAGUAUAUGUUUGUCGGCGACAUGACGAAGAACGAAGUGGAAUGUAUCAUACGAAGACUAAGGCCUGCGUUGCAAAUGAGGUUGCGUUUUAUCGCUCACAUAAACAUAGACGAGAUCCAUACAUCCUAAGAGACAAUUGUUCCUGUCGACGCGUGGGCACACUGUCACGACACGUAAUUCAGCUCUGAAUGAACAGCGCAACUAAUCGUUCCGAAAUAUAAAGUUAUUAAUUUAAAGUAUAAGUGGACGUAAGAAAUGUACUCUUUUUGUUUUUUUAUCUCUUUACGAAAUGAUAUUUCUUGUACUUUGAUACUUGAAACGCGUAUCCAAAUGAGAAAAUAAAGUUUAAUUAAAGUUUGAAGAACUAA